AUGCUCUUCAUGGCUAAAGAAGCAAAGGUUGCUACACUGAUUGCAGGAAAGCAGAAGACAUGGCAAUGGAACCAAGUACAGAGACUGGUGAAAUGGGCCUCAACGAUAGGAGGUCACAACAUAGGGAAGAUUCUUAUUGCAAACCGCGGAGAAAUUGCGUGCAGAGUGAUGCGAACAGCAAAGAAAAUGGGUGUGAAGUCUGUAGCAGUUUAUAGUGAAGCAGACAGAAAUUCCAUGCAUGUAGCAAUGGCGGAUGAAGCAUACUGCAUUGGUCCAGCACCCUCACAGCAGAGUUACUUGGCCAUGGAGAAAAUAAUGCAUGUGGCCAAGGUCUCAGCAGCACAGGCCAUUCAUCCAGGUUAUGGUUUCCUCUCAGAAAACACAGAGUUUGCGGAGUUGUGCAAGCAAGAGGGAAUCAUCUUCAUAGGUCCGCCUUCAUCUGCUAUCAGAGAUAUGGGUAUUAAGAGCACUUCCAAAGCUAUAAUGUCUGCUGCUGGCGUUCCUGUUGUUGAAGGUUAUCAUGGAGACGAUCAAUCAGAUGAAUGUCUGAAGGAACAUGCCAAGAGAAUAGGAUAUCCAGUAAUGAUUAAAGCUGUUCGCGGAGGUGGAGGAAAGGGCAUGAGAAUUGCUCACUCAGAAAGGGAGUUUCUGGAUCAACUAGAAUCAGCUAGGAGAGAAGCAAAAAAGUCUUUCAAUGAUGAUGCAAUGCUGAUUGAGAAAUUUGUAGAUAAUCCACGACAUGUUGAAGUCCAAGUAUUUGGUGACCAGCAUGGCAAUGCAGUCUAUUUGUUUGAAAGAGACUGCAGUGUGCAAAGAAGACAUCAGAAGAUCAUUGAAGAGGCACCAGGGCCAGGAAUUAAUCCUGAAGUUCGAAAGAGACUUGGAGAAGCUGCUGUCAAAGCAGCUAAAGCAGUGAAUUAUGUGGGAGCAGGAACAGUGGAAUUUAUUAUGGACUCCCAACAUAACUUUUACUUCAUGGAGAUGAAUACCAGACUGCAAGUAGAGCACCCAGUUACAGAGAUGAUCACUGGAACAGACUUGGUGGAAUGGCAGCUUAGGGUUGCGGCAGGAGAGAAGAUUCCCCUAAUGCAGGAAGAGAUUCUGCUGCGAGGCCAUGCAUUUGAAGCUAGAAUAUAUGCUGAAGACCCUAAUAAUAACUUUAUGCCAGGGGCUGGGCCGUUGUUGCACUUAUCCACCCCGCCACCUGAUAGUUUCACCCGGAUAGAAACUGGAGUCAGACAAGGUGAUGAAGUUUCUGUUCAUUACGAUCCAAUGAUCGCAAAACUAGUUGUUUGGGCUGAGGAUCGUCAAGCAGCGCUGAGAAAGUUGCGUUACAGUUUGCAUCAAUAUAAUAUUGUAGGAUUAAGCACUAAUAUCGAUUUCUUACUGAGCCUGUCAGGACACCCACAGUUUGAGGCUGGAAAUGUGCAUACUAAUUUCAUUCCUCAACACCAUGAUGAACUAUUUCCAACCAAAAAGGCAAUCCCACGUGAAGUUAUGUGUCAGGCAGCGCUAGGACUAAUACUAAAAGAGAAAAUGCUAACAGAUGCUUUUAGAGAUCAGUCAGAUGAUAAAUUCUCACCAUUUGCAUCCAGCACAGGUAGAAGAAUAAAUAUAUGUUAUACUAGAAAACUGUCUCUGCUGGAUGGGGAAAACAUUGUGGAUGUAGCUGUAAGUUACAAUCAAGAAGGGUCAUACAACAUGCAGAUUCAAGAUAAAACGUUCCUGGUUUCUGGAGAGAUGUUCAGUGAAGGUGAUUCAGUUUACUUGAAGUCUUCAGUAAAUGGAGCAGUGUGGAAGUCCAAAUUGGUCAUUUUGGACAACACCAUUUAUCUCUUCUUUCCGGAAGGUAGUGCUCAGAUUGGCCUUCCUGUACCCAAGUACUUAUCUGCAGUGAGUUCGGUGGGAGUGCAGAGUGGUGCUGUAGCGCCCAUGACAGGCACAGUUGAAAAGGUUUUUGUGAAAGCAGGGGAUAAGGUUCAGAUUGGAGACCCUCUAAUGGUUAUGAUAGCUAUGAAAAUGGAGCACACCAUAAGGGCUCCAAAAGCAGGAGUGAUAAAAAAGGUUAAUUUCCAAGAAGGUGCCCAGGCCAAUAGACACGCUCCACUAGUUGAAUUCGUGGAUGAAGAGGCUGAGUCAAAAUAAAAUUCAAGGAAGGUGCAUUUUAUUUUUUCUACUUUGCUGCUUUUCCCUAAGGAGAAGAUUUCUUCAUAUUUUCAGCAAACUGUUUUGUAUAAAAGAUUGGGGAAUUGGUUUCCUCUGCACUUCCUGCAUAGUUUGACAGUAAAUUAUGCUGACUUUACUGAAGUUUGGAUAUCACUUUACUGUAAUCGUAUAUAUAACUCGUGGACCGAUGUGAUUGUUGUUCAGUGGUUAUGUUUGCCUGUGAAAAGGCAUUAGACUGGAAA